AUGUCGAGCUCAAUCGGUGCUUGGCAGUUCUCUCCCAUCAUCACAGAGUUUCCCGCGAACGUUCUUCCCAAUGUCGGCUUCUACAAGGCUACCAAUGGAUCAUGGGAGUACCAGAUCCAGCUUGCGUGGCCUUUGAAUUGGACCACGCAGGCAGAGAGCACCACAGUAGAGACCAUGUAUGUUUUAGAUGGUAACGCCCUUGGUAUGACAGCCACAGAUGCCUGGCGUCGACGACGGCCGGUCGAGUUCAAUCAGCCGGAUAGCAUUGUCGUUAGCAUCGGAUAUCCGGAAACGAUCGAAGACUCGCCGUACACCGAACAAAGGAGCUACGACUACCAGCCGCCAGUCUGCGCAGACUGCCCUCCCGCGGUACAACCAAACGUGCCCUCCAACGCCGACAACUUCAUCCACUUCAUCGACACAGCACUUCGCCCGUGGGUCCGGGAAUCUGUUUUCCCAAAGGCCAACUUCGAUCGGGAUGCCUUAUACGGACAUUCGUUUGGUGGGCUGUUUGUCCUCUACGCCCUUGUUGCGCGCCCUGAUCUCUUCGAUACCUUUCUCGCUUCGUCUCCCGCACUGUUCUGGAACAACGACUAUGUCUUCAACCACACCGGUUUUCUGGCCCCUCUUACAUCGCCGACAUCGUCACCGAAUACAACCAAGCCCGCCUUCCAGCUCAGUUACGGAGCCUUGGAGCAAGCCCCAGUCCAGAGACGGAAGGAGACGGACGAGGAGUUUGCCUUUAGACAGAGCAUUCUCUUGCCGAUGAGGAUGACGGACUUGACGACAAAACUGUACGAGACGUUGAAGGACAGCCCGGCGCUGCGGGACAUUAGCAUCCAUGAGUACCCCUUCAGCGCCCAUGCUGCGCUCGGGGGUGUUGCUAUUUCCGAUGGCAUUGAUUACUUCCUCGACUGGUAG